AAAUAACAUGUCGUUCGGUUGUUUGGGGAACAGAUCCCCGGCACAAAUCGAACCCAUCAAUUCUCUGAUUCUGCCGCCACUGCCUUCUCGCGGUUGGACGAGCCGAUCUCGAUGUCCUCAUGUGGGGCUUCCGGCAAGACCUCCAUGAAGUCCCCUGGUCCGUUGCGCCAGCGCCACCGCACUUCGGGGUGGUGUUCGCGCAUGUGCUUGGCAGCAGCGGCCCGGGAGGAGAACCCGCGCGGCGGCAAUGGGCAGGUGUCCACAGGGCAGGUGAUGUGUGAACUUGGGAAGUGCGACGCCGCAGGGCUCGGCUGCCCCACGACGCCCUCCUCGCGGUUCGACUGCAUGGAGGGGUACGCGGACUGGGUGCGGGAUUGGUCCCAGGCCAAAAAGCAGUGGUGCUGCCGAAUGAGGAACCGCGGCUGCCAGACCACCACCUUAAAGGCGCCCCACGAUUGCGGCAGCGGUGACGUCGAUUCCUGGCCGGCCGGAAAGAGCGUCUACUGCUGCGCGGCCACCGGCACCGGCUGCAAGUACACGAAGACGACCACCACGCCGCAGGAUCAGAGCACCAGCCCGCUGGGCCACGAGCCCGCCUCGGACGAGGCGACCACCCGGCCGGCGGAGGCAACGACCACGUCGGCCGAGGCUGUCCAGGAGGCCCUGCCCAAGGCACCCGCCUCCUACGACUGCCGCCUGAGCACGGCCCCCUGGUCGACGGCCCAGCGCGCCUGGUGCUGCAGCAAGAUGAGCGUCGGGUGCUCGCAGGACCACGCGGGCCGGAAGUACCUCGGGGGACGCUUGUUCGGCCAGAUGAAGGUGCGCCCGGAGGGCCCGCACGGGCCCGACCUCGCGGGGACGAUCCAGGCGCUGGCGGUGACCGCCGUGGCCGCCUCCGCCACCGUGCUGGCCGCCUUCGCGCUGUGGCGGCAGUACUCCUUCGCGCCCAGGCGCCUGGGCUACCACUACCUGGCGGUGCCGAGCUCGGCCCGCGACGAGAGGGCCCGCCCGCGGCGCCACGCGGCGCCGCACGGCGGCCCCUGAGGCACCCCCCCCGCGAGGGGCGCGCUGCCGAGGCCCGCCGCGCGCGCGCCGCCCGCGCGCCGCACUGGAGGGCGCGAAUGCGCCACAGCGCGGAGCGCGCCGAGAGUGCGGCCGACGCCGAACUCGCGCGCGCGCGGCCCGGCCCGGCGGGCGGCUGGGGUGAGGGGGCGCUGCUCCCGGCGCAGCCAGGCACGCUUCGCUCCCGCUGGUGGCCGGCUGGCGUCCGCGGACAGCUCUGGGACGCGCCUGUUGAGCCCCCCCGCGAUCCUCGGAGCAAGUUGCUCCUCGAGGGCACGGGCUUCUGGAGGACAUGGUGUGGCUAGGGCUGUGGUGUUCCCCCUCUCCUCCUCCGCGGCCGUCUCUUCUCUCCCAUCCGCUCCAAAGUGCGCCCAGUGCUCAGCGCGGCCCGCCAGCUCUGCGGUCGGGCUCGCAUCCGCUUGCGCGGCGAACAGAGACCAUUGGCCGGGGCUGCCGGCUCUGCGGUCGCGCUCGCAUCCGCUUGCGCGGCGAGCAGAGACCACUGGCCGGGGCUGCCAGUUUCUCGCGAUCUGCUGCCUUCGGAUGAACGGGCAUGCAUCAAAAUCGCACGCGGUUGUCGUGUGGCUUGCCUGAACCGCCUGACGUCACGAGUUUUUGUUGCGACCGUGCAAAGCUGUAAGAGUUGAAUGUCUGCACCAGGCGCGCUGCCACCUUAUUAAUGUGCGCGUCGGUGCCCAGGAGAAGCACGUGCCGCGGCCAGCCGCCGCUUUGCCUGUCGCUGCACCACGUGCUAAAGCUGCGCCGUCGGUCGUGGUCCGUUUUGCCUGCAGUCGCAGCGCCAGGAGCAUGGCGAGGGCGACAUGUGCGCGAUGUUCGUAGCACCGGCUUGCCUCUCGUAAGUUUCGCGAUUGCGCUUGCAAUGGGCAUGCUGUCAGAAAGCAGUGAAGGUCGGGCGGCGGUGUGACGCGGUCACAGCCAUGCGUGAGGUGCUUUGCGCCCCGUGGACGCACUAAUCUUGGUCGGCGCCGCCAAGUUGCAAAGCCACGAGUAUCGCAACCCUGCCGCUUCGCGCUGACACGUGCGAGUUCGUUCGCCUCGCCUCCCC